ACCGAGCACCUGACCUGCCAGUCCACAUGGACACCACCUCCACCCACAUGCAACAAGGCAUCCUGGGUAACGACAGUCUCAGCCUCCACCUCGACCGGCCGGGGUUCCACUCUGACAUCACCAAGCAUGUAGGAGUCCAGACUGCUUUGAUCACAGCGUAUAGUCUGAUCAUCCUACUGGGUCUAGUAGGCAACGCCCUUGUCAUCUACAUGAUCAUCCGCUUCCGGAACAUGAGGACAGUCACUAACUUCUUCAUAGCUAACCUGGCCCUGGCCGACCUGUUGGUGGAUACGUUGUGUUUACCGUUCACACUGGUUUAUACCUUGCUCGACGAGUGGAAGUUCGGCGCGGUGCUGUGUCACAUGGUCCCGUUCGCCCAGGCGCUGAGCGUGCACGUAUCGAUCCUGACGCUGACCGUCAUCGCUCUGGAGCGCUACAGGUGUAUCGUGUUCCACCUGGGCCAGCGCCUCACCUGGCGAAGCAGCCUUCUCAUCAUGGCUCUCACCUGGACGCUGUCCGCCGUGCUGGCCGGCCCGCUCGCCAUCUUCAGAGAGUACCGUCAGGAGGAGAUCCCGUCCAUCAACCUGAGGAUCUCAGUCUGCUAUGAGAAGUGGCCUUACGGCAGCAGCAGAGACGGAGUCAUUUACAGCCUGUCUAUGUUAGUGCUGCAGUACGUGCUGCCACUCUCCAUCAUCAGUUAUGCCUACAUCUGCAUCUGGGUGAAGCUAAAGAACCACGUGAGUCCAGCGAGCCGCAUCGACGCCAUUCAGCGCAGGAAGAAGACCACCAAGAUGCUGGUUAUGGUGGUUGUAGUCUUCGCCACAUGCUGGCUACCCUUCCACCUGUUUCAACUAGCCAGUGACCUAGACCUGGUCCUCAGCUUAAGACAAUACAAGCUCAUCUAUACUCUCUUCCACAUCGUAGCCAUGUGCUCCACCUUCGCCAACCCGCUCCUGUACGGCUGGAUGAAUAAGAACUACAGGAAUGGGUUCGUCAUGGUGUUCAGGUGUGAGGCUAAACCAGACAGUAUUCACCCUGAGGGAUCCUUCAGGACCCGGUCACUAAGGAGGAUGUCUCUGAAUGGAGGACACUCUCCUACGGCCGUCUGAUUGGUUGAUUGGUCUGCCGUCUGAUUGGUUGAUCGGUCUGCUGUCUGAUUGGUUGAUCGAUCUGCCGUCUGAUGGAGGCUGCUGUGUGGAGUGAAAUUAGUACCAUUACAAAGGGAAUCUGAGGCUGCUGAAUUUUUUUUAAAUAAACCUUGUCGGAGCCAGAACGGCCCAUAGGGUAGGAGACCAUCUCCUG